ACUACUUUUUGUUUUAGAUCUGCAUUUCAUUAGCAAUCAUAUCUUGUUGCCAAAGACAGGACAGUUCUGAAAGGUGAGGCAAAGCAUAACCUAACGUACUACCUCUUCAUUGGCUGUGAAAAUGGUGAAUGUACUUAAAGGAGUCCUUGUGGAGUGUGACCCAGCAAUGAAACAGUUCCUCUUAUACUUGGAUGAAACCAACGCUUUAGGAUCCAAGUUCAUUAUCCAGGACCUUGAUGACACGCACGUGUUUAUUUUAGCUGAACUGGUCACUAUCCUUCAGGAGAAGGUUGGAGAAUUGAUGGACCAGAACUCAUUUCCCAUGACGCAGAAGUAAAAUGUAUCCAAGAACACAUGUGAAUUUCAUAAU